UUAUUUUCAAAUUCGUAAACCAUAGUGGUGAUUGGGUACAAUUUAAUCUGGAGGGUGGCAGUAGUGCGCUAAGUUAGUCCGCAUCCGCCGUUAAGCAACCAAAGAAGAAGAACUUCCUUUUCUGCACUCUCUCUCUUCGUCACAUCAUCUCUGCAUGUGACAGUUGCUUCCCUUUAUAACGAGCAGCGGCACUGACCGAGACACAACGACACUCCACCAAAGACUCACAGAGACUGAGAACUUGUUACAGACUACAAUGUCUAAAGAACUACAGAGCCACCAUGGACAGGGUGAAAAAAAUGAAGACUCUGAUAGACCUGAUACCAGACAUUUUAACCAUGGACAUGAAGAAAGGAUGUAUGAAAAUGAAUACUGUAAAGUAUGCUCCAACAUCCAUGAGGAUUCUAAAAAAAAUGAUGGAUACUGUAAAGUACGCUCUAACAUCCAUGAAGAUUCAAAAAAAAAUGAUGAAUACUCUAAAGUACGCUCUAACAUCGAUGAAGAUUAUUUUAAAAAUGAUAUGGAAGGUCAUAGAAAUUUUAAACGUCUGUAUAAAAAAACAUCCAGAAUCAAGCAUUCAAGUGAUAUCAAUUCAAAAUUAUUCAGAAAGGACACAUGGAAAUGGAAAAAAACUUCCACAAGGCCAAGUUUGGAACUUGCAUCAGCUACAGCUUCAGGAAGCGGGUUCAUAGGCAUGUUUGACACAUAUGACAGACCUGCAAAUCUCAAAGCAGGAUGGAGUUAUGCUCAAGCUGGAAAAUAUGCAGAAGCUUUUGGAGGCAAACCAGGAAUGAGGGUUCCCAAGGCUGGAGUCUAUGCGGAAGCAGGAGUUGGGCGAGCUAGUGCUGAAUUCAGUAUAUUUAGGGUAGAAGCCAAAGGCCCAAACGCCUCAGCUGGUGCUGAAGCCACUGCAGCUAGACUCGGGGCCGGAGCAAUGGCUCAGGCUGAGCUUGCCAGUGCCUCAGCUAGUGCCGGUCCACUUGAUGUGAAAGUGGGACUUGGAAUCGACACUGGUGCAUAUAUUGGUUUGGGUGGGGUGGAGGUUAAAAUACUGGGAUUCGGAUUCUCAAUUGGUCUAAAAACCAGUAUAUCUAUUCUGGGUUCAGAACUGUCUCUUUCAUUCUAGUCACAAAAAUAUAAAUUACCUUUAAAUAUUUACAUGUAAAAUUUUACUAUAAAUUUAUCCUGUGACGACCCAGCUAGAAUUGUUUUGAUCUAAAAAUGUUCUAAGAACACUACCAUGCAUUGUUCUAGCAAAGUUUUUAGCGGAUAGUUUUAUUUAAGUUCCCAGAACGUUCUCUCAAAAGUUAGGAUAACAUUCUCUAAAAACAUUCUGAAAAUGUUUAGUGAUAACAUUGUUAGAACAUCAUUCCCUAACAUUCUUACAACGUUUAAGCAGGUAGUUUUAUUUUAGUUCUGUUUUGGAGAUUCCCAAUUUUGAGAUGGGGUCCACCCUGUGAAGUUGCCACCCUGUCGUGUUCCCCUCCAUUUGCAACAUGAGGUAGCAGACCAUAUAAAGCAAAUGUUGGAAAAUAACAUAAUUCAGCCUUCUCAUAGUCCAUGGGCAGCUCCGGAAAUUUUGGUACCCAAGUGUGAUGGCGGCCUCCGUUUUUGUAUCGUAAGUUAAAUUAUGUAACCCGGAAGGAUGCGUAUCAAUUGCCAGAUCUGGUGCUGGCAGAUCUUCAGUGGACUACCUGUCUGGUGUACUUUGACGAUAUUAUUUGUUAAUGGAGAUGAUGAUUUUGCAAUUGUACUGUCUUGAUUAAUGCUUAAUUUGCUAUAAACAGAUGUACUGUAAUCUAAGUAGUAAUAAUGCCUUUUGCUUAAGUACAAAGAUGUAACCCUGUGAUUAAUGCUAUGUGGAAAAUGUAUUGUGUAACUUAACUAACAUUAAGAAAACUGCUUACUUGCAUGAAAUAUAUGUAGUGACUGAUUUAGAGUAGAAACACGUAUGUAUUAGAAAUAGUUUUUAUGAUAAAUGCACAACAUAGUGGUUAAGGUGUAUUUCACAGACGGUUAAGAGGAAAAAGAAGAGGAAAAGGGCUAAAGCAAUGCGAAGUAAACAACUGAAAGCCUCGGCAGAGGAGUUGCACCAGAUCGAAGUGAUGAAUAUCAGAAGAACCAGCGUUCGACGUCUGUGUAUAAAAGACAGAGAGAGACUCGACGGACGGAUACUGAAAAAGCACAGAAUCCCUCGAAUAAAA